UCUUCUUGUCUUUUCAGACAUUUCCUCUGCUGGGCAAGUGUCAAAGAAGUCCUCUUGAGAAUUUUUUGCCAUAGAACUUUAUCCCAUUCAUUAUAUUCGGAUAUUUCCGCCUAAUUUGUGCAUUUUCCUACAUCAUCAUUACAAUCCUAUUCUACAUGAAGGAUCAUCUUGCAGAAAUUUAGGGCUAUGACUAGGAUUUUUAGUGAACUUCCAGUCGAUAGGACGUGGUUUGUAUUUUGAAUGUUGUCAGGUGAAAUACUAAGUCAAGCACCAUUGAGCGUGGCCCUGUUGCCGCCACCCUCAUUGAUAAAAGUCUGCAAAGCUAUGGCGACUAUCGCCACCCUGGCAAAUCAACAAAACAUUGAUGAUGACGAUAUAUAUUUGGAAAAUGGAUUAAUGAGCUAUGAAAAUCCAAAUUAUCAUAUGGAUCCCCAGCGUAUUGAGAGAAAUUCACACUUGUACGAGGAAAUACUGUCAGAGUUGCAACAGCAGAAUUCACUGAAAGGAACAAGCUGCAGAAAGGAUUACAGUCGAAUGGAUUUGGGAUCUCUCGGAAUAGACAUGAAGGAUAAUUUUGGAUCGGCGGAGAAGAAGAGCCUUAUGGACUCAUCUCCAUCGGAAGCUAAGCGCAAGUCUGAUCAAGUAUCGGAAAAGGAUGAAGGAAGAGUUAUGAAAGAACAAACGAAUAAUGCUGAGGCAAAUAAUACAAUUAGACACAUCUCUGGCAAUAUGAACUCCAAUGAUUUGUAUGCUCUGCCAAAUAAGAGAAAGGGCAGCUUUUCCAAUGCAGUAAAAGUCGAAGAAGAUGUUACUGAGGAUGACGAAGAGGAACUUGAGAAGGGUAGAAAGGAAGAAGUUGAAGGGAUUGAAGAUAAGGAUGCCAAUAAAGAUUUACCACCGGGAUGGGAAAAACAUGAAGAUACUGAUGGUCCCUAUUACUGGCACAUAAAGUCCGGUACAAUUCAGAGAGAGCCACCAGUUUGGCCAAAAGAUCCACCAAGAGAAUUAAAAACACCGAUUCUGUCCACAAAUCCACAACAAUUUCUAACAUUUGCUAAGAGCCCAAACAAUAAUUAUUCUUUUUCAUCUGCUAUGACAAGUUUCUACAACAAUAAAGAUGGAUUGGGCAAUCGAAUACAGGAAAGUCAGAGUUUAUCUGUAACAAGAAGCAAUACAAGCUCAGCGCUUGAUCAAGAAGAAGAACGUAAACGCAAGGAGGAUCUGGCAUUUAAACGUCGGAGCUAUCCUCUUAAAUCUGAAUCAGACAGACCCAUACGUUUUGCCGUAAGAUCUCUUGGUUGGGUGGAAAUUGCAGAAGAGGACUUAACACCAGAACGUUCCUCAAAAGCUGUAAAUAAAUGUAUUGUGGAUUUAUCACUGGGCCGAAAUGAUUUAUUGGAUGUUGUAGGACGCUGGGGAGAUGGCAAAGAUUUGUUUAUGGACUUAGAUGAAGGUGCUUUAAAAUUAAUAGACCCAGAAAACUUGACAAUACUCAACACACAACCAAUUCAUACUAUUCGAGUUUGGGGUGUUGGUAGAGAUAAUGGAAGGGAUUUUGCAUAUGUAGCCAGAGACCGUCUAACCAGAAUACAUAUGUGUCACGUCUUUCGCUGUGACACAGCUGCCAGAACCAUAGCUAACACUUUAAGGGACAUUUGCAAGCGGAUCAUGAUAGAACGUUCUUUGCAGCUGGAUGCGAGUGGUACAAAUUCGAAUGGUGCUCGAUCUGCAAUACGUCCCACUGAUUUACCAACUGAGAAUCGGCGUUGGGUGCGGCAUACUCAAUCGUUCCCAACACCAAUGGAAGAGCCAAAGAAGGUUUUAAAGGCACAGUACUUGGGAUCACAAGAAGUCAAUCAAGCAACUGGAAUGGAUAUUCUAAAUAGUGCCAUUGAGUCUGUGUUGCAGCAAACUAAUCCGGAAUCAUGGGAAAAAGUCAAUGUAUCGGUAGCUCCUAGUAUGAUUAGUAUUUACUCAGCUGGGGACGAUUCUCGAUUGCUAGUUGAAUGCCGCGUUAGAUAUUUGAGUUUUCUGGGAAUUGGGAAAAAUGUGAAAAAUUGUGCAUUUAUAAUGCACACGGCACAGGAUAAAUUCAUUGUUCAUGUAUUCCAAUGUGAACCAUCGAGUGGGGCUCUCUGCAAAACAAUUGAAGCGGCUUGCAAGUUGCGGUAUCAGAAAUGUCUCGAUGCUCAUCCGGAGAAUCGCUUGCUGGCUGAUACGCAGACACCGAGUAAAGGUUUAGGAAAUCUGGCCACUUUCCAUGGGAACAGAACGUGAGGUAAUUCCACAUAGACACCUGCAGUCACCAUUAAUUAGUAAGAAACAUUUUGAUUAUCCUCACAGUCCGUAACAAUUGCCUCUUUUGUUAUGGAAAUUUAUUUAUAUUGUAUACACGAUUCUUGGGCAAAACUGCAAAAUUUUCCUACUUUUUUAGUGUAAUUUUAUUGAGAGCUGAGGCAUAUUUAUUUGUAUUUCUUAAGUUCUUUUGAACAAUGUAACUUUACUAUUGACAAGAGUUGGAAUUUCUAGAAAGAUUUGUUUUUUUUUUUUUAAAAACGGAUCAGAAGUUUUUUGCUCUUGUCAGUAGAACUGACUAGUGCAAUAGUUCCAGAUCAAGCAACCAUUCACGAGACAUGAUUUUAAAUUAGUUUUUGAUUAAAAAAAAAUAUUUUAAUGGAGCAGUUCAAACAUUUCCGCGAGAUUUGUUUAUAGUGAGUAUUAAAAAAAAAGGAUGGAUGACGUAAUGUAUAUUAUCUAAUUUUUCUUAACUUAUAGUAUUAGUUUAUUUCCAAUAACAUUUUCUUAUAGGCGUGUGCUUUGUUUUUUUUUUAACAUAGUUGAGACCAAGCAAAGAAAAAGGGAAAAUGCAUACAAAAAGAACAUACAAGUUCUUAAUCUAAAACAUAUUAAUAACACAAACAUUAAAAAUAGUUAAAAACAAAAAUAGUAAAUUGAAUGAGUAUAAAGAAAGCUCAUCUAAUGAUUCCAUUUCGAACUUAUUUCCAUUUCCGUGGCAAAACCGUAACUUCAACCAAAAAUUCAGAGAAAAAAAAUUGUUAGAAUCACUAAAAGCGUACAUAUUAAAACCAGUUACAUAUCUACUGAAAAUAUUUCAAAAAAAGAAAAAUUUGAAUUUUCUUUUGUUCUUAUGAAGGAAAAAUGUUUUAGCGAAUGGAAGUCUUUGAAAUUUUGUAGGUUUAGUUCAAUAGAUUUCAUUUUUUAAAAGUUUACAAAACCGAAAGACAAAUUGCGUAUAUAAAUUUAAAAAAAAAGAAGUAACUGAAUUUUAACUUAGAAAAAAGAAAAAAAAGGUAAAGAAAAUGGCAACAAUUAUUUUAAUUUCAAGAAAAAAAAUGAUCAUGGAUAGUAGAAGUUAAAAGAAAGAUACAAAAAAAAUAAGAAUAUUUAUAAAUAAAUAUAUAAAAUGUUAGGCUUUUGCGGUGUUAACAAUCCUAUUUAAAAAGAACAUAUAUAAAAGCAUAUAUUUACAUCAAAAACUGAAUUGGUAUGCUAUUUACUAUUAGUUUCUUUUGAACUUUGACUUUUCAUUUCGAAUUCAGAUUAAAAAAAAAAGAAGUAUAUAUUUCAAAAAAUAAAAAUCUGGUUAUUUAGAAGAAAAAAAAAAGAAGAAACGCCAAAAAUGUUGCUAUGGAAAAGCGAUUAAUGCACAGGCUGUCCAAUGUAUUAUUGACUAUACAUAAUUGCAUAACGUAAAAAUUGAAUUUGGAAAAAAUUAUUGAUGCUAAUUACAAAAGAAAAAAAAAGUCAGAAAUGUGCUCCACUAGUAUUUGUGUACCUCGGCUAGCAAUUUGUAAAAGAUUAUGAAAUAUCUAGUAUAAAAAUGUAAAUAAUUUCUUGCCUUUGUGAAAACAAAAAAAAAAUGAAUAAAUUUGAGAGGAAAAGAGGGAAAAUGAAGAGAAAAAUCGAGCAUUUUGAAGUGAACUUCAAAUACGGAAGAAUUGUGAAGAAUUUUAGUAAGAUUUAACACAGAUUGGUAUUUUACUAAUUAUAUUAGAUGAAAAGGAAAAAAAAGAAAACAUAAAUUAAAGAAGAGAAGAAAUGAGGAAUAUUAAAAAAAAAAACAAUGUAGGAGCUUUUUGUGACGUAAUAUUGAAUUGAAUAACAGACAAGUAAGCAACAUAAGCUGUACAAUCGAGGAUAAAAUUAUUCAUAUACAGACACAAAGGUAUUAUUUUAAAGAUGUAUGUAUGUUUACCAUUCCUUUUAACGCAGUGUUUUUAUUUUAAUUGCAAUAACGAAAUUCUCAAAAAAAAAGGAAAAUAAUGAAAUAUACUAAAGCAAGGGUCUAUGCAGUUUAUAAACAAUGAGGAUUUUUUAUUAUUUAUUUACAUAUUUUUUUAUUCUGAUUAUUUUUUAUGAUAUAGCUUUGUUUUCUCUAUUUAUUGAAAAUAUAUUAAUAUAUAUAUUUUUUAAAUUUAUAAUCCCAUUUUUUAAAAUCUUUUUUAAGCAUUUUUUUUUUAAUUUUAACUUUUAUUACUAUGACUCAAGAAACUUAAUACUCUAUAAACGUGCCAUUUUAAAUGUUAUAUUAUUCUUUAAGUUAUUUAUUUGUACGAUUCAGAUUGCCAUUAAGAGUUAAAAAUUGUCCAUUUUUUAUGACAACAUAUAAUAACGUCAUGUAACAAUUAUGCUUUCUUUUUUUUUUUAAUUCUAUACAAGAAUUUUACGUCAGUAAUCAAGCUUUUUUAUCAAUUAACCUUGAAAUAUAUAUUGUCCACAGAAAAAAAAAGAAAAUGAAAAAGGUAAAUUCUUUCCUGGCAAGAUUUUUCUAACUGUUAUCAUAUAAAAUUAGACAAAAAAACCAACACUUAAAUCUUGCGAGAUGAAAGACGAACGUUGAAUGUAAAAUUACUGCUUGCUUUGCACUUGUGCACAAUGCGGAAAAAAAAUUAAGAAAAAAAGAAAAAAUAGAGAUAAACAAUAUGUAAUAAUUGAAAAAUAGUCACUACAUUGAAAUUUGAUUUUCGAAUAUUUUAACUUUGUUUUUUUAAUAAAGAAUGUAUUGGAACAUUUAACACGGUCUUCAUUAGACAAAAAAAAAAUGUUUAAUGUCCUAAUCAGGAAGAGAGAUAGGUUUACAUGAUUGAUAAAAUUUUCGUUUUCUGUCACUAAAUAAGAUGAAUUAAGUCCAACAUUUGUAUCACAUUAUUUGAAGGAAAAAAAAAGAUUGCUACAAAAUAAAUGACUGCAUUGCUUUUAA